AUGUUACCAACAAUAUUGACCAACAAACAAAUGUGCAAAUCGGUGCCAUUGCUGCUGCUUCUCCUGCUCAGUUACCUAAGCGCUGUGUCAUUGGCGUUGCAGUCGUUCCCGAAACUCUGCAAUAUACACAACUUCGAUGAGUUUUUGGAGCAGACGGGCAAAGUGUAUAGCGAUGAGAGGGAGCGCGAGUUCCGCGAGAGCAUAUUCUCGGCCAAGAAAUCAUUGAUAGAUCUGGGAAAUAAGAAUGCGGCAGCAGGCGUUGCCAGCUUUCGUAUGGCAGUCAACGUUCUGGCCGAUUUGACGCGAAAGGAAGUUUCUCGUCUCUACGGAUCGAAGCUCUCAUUUCAGGGCGAAGAACUGACGUCGCGACACAUCAACUUUGUGACAGCUCCGAAUGCCGCCAACGAUAGGCUGCCGGAAUCUUUCGAUUGGCGGGAAAAGGGAGGUGUUACUCCACCCGGGUUUCAGGGCACUGACUGCGGCUCUUGCUGGUCCUUUUCCACCAUCGGUGCAUUGGAAGGGCACCUAUUUCGUCGGACCGGCCUGCUUGUGCCGCUUUCGCAACAGAAUUUGGUGGACUGUGCCGACGACUAUGGCAGCAUGGGUUGCGAUGGUGGUUUCCAAGAAUACGGCUUCGAAUAUAUACGUGAUCAUGGCGUCACACUGGCCAACAAAUAUCCCUACACGCAAAUGGAGAACGCCCAGUGUCUACAGAAUCAGACUGCAAACACAGGCUUGGGCGAAAGCGUGGUAAAAAUUCGGGACUAUGCGCGCAUCAAGCCGGGGGAUGAGCAGAAAAUGAAGGAGGUUAUUGCAACCCUGGGACCACUCGCCUGCUCCAUCAACGCUGCUCCCGCUUCUUUUGAGCAGUACAGCGGCGGCAUAUAUGACGAUGACGAAUGCAAUCAGGACGAUCUCAACCACUCCGUUGUAGUUGUUGGCUAUGGCAGCGAAAAUGGUCGCGAUUAUUGGAUCGUGAAAAACUCGUACUCACAAAACUGGGGUGAGGGCGGUUUCAUACGGCUGCCCCGUAAUGAAGGAAGCUUCUGUGGUAUUGCCAGCGAAUGCAGUUAUCCGAUCCUGUAA